GUCCAGCGCGAGGAGUUGUCCAUGGUCAUUGAUGCCUUUUUGUUGCUUCGGUUAAAUCACGCGGGAGAGGAGGAAGAGAUUUUGCAUGGGCUGAAAUGGGUCGAGAUGUUAGAAAUAGACUGAUGGGGACAUUCGUACGGUGCCACGGUCCUAUGGCAAGUACUGCGCUGCACAAAAGUGUCCGAUCAGUAGCGGGUCGAGUAUUCACCCUUGCAUGUGAAGGCGUCAGUCGAUCAGGGGCGCAUAUGUGGAUCUGGAAUCGAAGGUCAAAUGCAGGCGGGACUUGUCCCUUGUCUGAAGUCCCAGGCAUGGCUUCUCAGCAGGCUAGCUAGGGCCUAGGGUCUAGGGCCUCGGGCCUUGAUAUGAUGGGGCAUCCUCCCUCUCUUGGGAGGUGCAUAUCCCAGCUAUUCGACCGCAUUGCUGGACGUCCAUCGCCCGUCCCGUGCUCUUCGCCCCAUGGAUUCUCCUCGCAAACCGUGGUGGAAGCUAGUACACCCCCGCUACACGGCAGCCCAACUUGGCCUGCCUUUGUACGUGGCAUACAAUGCUUCCCGUACACCACUUCAGUGGGAAACCUGCGUGUGGACGUUGAUUUACGCUUUCAUGACAGGGCUAAGUAUCACCGCUGGAUACCACCGCCUCUGGACCCAUCAAGCGUACAGAGCCUGCCUCCCGCUGCGCAUCAUCCUCGCAGCCCUCGGCGCCGGCGCCCUCCAGCUCCCCAUCCGUGUCUGGGCCGCCGACCACCGCGCCCACCACCGCUUCACCGACACCGAUCGUGACCCCUAUAACGCCAAACGCGGUCUCCUCUACACGCACAUCGGCUGGAUCAUCACCUACAACUCCGAGAAGUUUGGUCAUAAGACCGAAGGGGUAGACCUGAGCGACCUCGACCGCGACCCCGUGGUAGUCUGGCAACGGCGCGCCUACUACCCGCUGGCGGGGCUAAUGGGCUUCCUGCUGCCGGCUGCCGUGGCCGGCACGCUGUGGGGCGACUGGCACGGCGGGUUCCUGUACGCCGGGUGUCUGCGGGUGGUGCUCGUAUGGCAUGUCUCGUACUGUAUCAACUCGCUGGCCCACUGGAUUGGGGAGCAGCCGUACUCCACCCGCAACACGGCGCGGAACUGUGCGCUGCUGGCGGUGGUCACCCUCGGCGAGGGGUAUCAUAACUAUCAUCAUGCGUUUCCCGGGGACUACCGAAAUGGGGUCCGACGCGGAGAUUUGGAUGUCACCAAAUGGUGGAUUUGGGCCUGGGAGCGCACAGGCCUGGUCUGGGAUGUGAAAAGGUGUACUGGAUCUAGGUCUAGAGGUGGUGAUUCGGGGAAAGGCGAGUAAGAGCCUAGUUCCAAGAUAAAGGCCCCCGGGAGGGCGGGAAUGAUCUUGACUCGCAAAAGUCAUUUAAAGUAUGUUCACAUUCAUGUACGCCAGAUAGUGGUUUAUCUUCCCAGAGAAAGAG